AUGCAUUUACCAGGGUGGGUUGGUUCAACCCCCAGGAAGAAACUAGAAGUCAUCUUCGAGAAAUACACCCAUUUGCAAAUCAAUUUGGUUUUCACGGGAGACUCAAUUGAAUCUCUCGUUUAUGAUGUCCUUCAACUGAAUGUGCUGCACACAGACCGCCUCAUGAUUCAGUUGGCACGAUAUUCGAGAUAUCGCAGUCUUUCAGAUUUGAAGAGCUUUUAUCUCAAGUGGUUAGAGCGCGAAUUUACUGACCGGAAGGUCCGUGGUCCGAACCCGACCUCUGCCUCUCGACAUCCCCUGUCUAGGCUUGGACAACCUGGCAGUAUCCCAGCCAUCGUGCUUCCUUCGGGUGGCAUGGCAGCUAGGCACCGAAAGGGCGCUACAGUUGAACAAUUAUUAUUGUUAUUUUUGUAUUCCUGGAGACGACAGAAAGCCGUUAUAUCUUUGGCGAUUCGUGCGUUUACUUCUCUACCAACGAUAAUUAUGAUGGCGAUGAGAAUGUUACAAACUAUUGGACAGGAGAAAAAACUCUCAUAUGCAUCUUGUUUACAAAAACUGAAUAUCCAUCUUCUCCUUGAAUGCGUCUUCAUGAAGUUUUCUGGAUAUUUAUUGACUGUUACUCAAAUGCAAGCAAGUGUUACAAAAGAUGCGAAGCGGAUUUACGAGAAAACAUACUACUCCUAUGUUCUAUCAGUAGUAUCCACUGGUGCGCCAGUAGACAUCCUGGUCCACCCGACCAAAAUAACUACUCGGAACAGAGAUCAGUUUGACGAAACUCCCAAUCAACAGCUGUCCGGCAUUAUAAUCCUACGGACGACAGCACCAGUAACA